AACAAAUUCUUAAUUUUACGCAAAAUCCGAUAUCCGGCGUGUUAUUCUGUUAUCUUUUCUUCCUUUUUUUCCAAACCGCGACAAACGCCAGUCCUCCUUCUCUGCAGAAUGCAUUAAAUCCGCUCAACCAAUCACAGUGCUGCAUUAUAAAGAAAAAUGGCGGCGCAUUAAAUACACAUGGAAUCCUAGUUUUCCUCAUCUACUUUGUACUUCGUGAUCAACAAACAAACAAAAACAAAAUAAUAAUUUUGAUGACAUUGAGAAACCUGUGGUGGUUUUCUGUGGCGGGGAAGAAACGAAAGCCAUCAACGUCUAAUAAUUUAUGUGAGAGGCACUCGGGCGAAGGAAAAAUGUCAGCUGUUGCUUGUUCUCCCGACAGCAUCAAGCUUCUGUCAUGUUAUCACAUUGACCCCAGGGGAUCGUAUGAAAAACUUUCCAUUUUGUUUUACUCAAAGUUAACGAAAAUCAUAAAAACAUUUUACAGCUGAUCGCUGUCAAAAAAGUUCAGCGACGAUGUCCCAAGAAUGACAGCAGCAAUGACAGUGUUCUUAAUAUUUAGUCAACUAAAUGAAUAUAACAUGCCAAAGAUGAAUUCACAUUUGAUUCAACAGAUUUAUAGCAUUUUGAAAAAAACUUGUGGAUUUAUUGCAUUUUUUAGAAUUUUUCCGAAAUUAGUCAAAAUGGAUUCAUUAUGUUUUGGAACCAAACUCUUUACUGUAUAUAGUUUAGGUUUGACGUUGACAGAGAAUACAAGGGAUCUUUAUACAGUGACUUAAUGACCUAAUUAACAAGUUUCACAGUCAGGAAAGGAACAAAGACAUGACAUCAAGAAGAAACCAAACCAAAAGCAUCCGAAAACAGAAGAGAAAAGCAUUACAGCCUAGUGCGUUAAACUGAAUGACAUUCACAAACUGCGGGUGUUGCACACACAUACACACGAGGGGCUCGGUUAAAGUUUUCUUCACACCCUUAGCUAACACCUUCUUUUCUUUUACCAUUUCACAAAUUCUGUCUCUGUCUCACAUCUCUCUUCUAACACUCCUUCCAUACCACCGGUCCUCGAUCUUCUCGUUUUCUCUCUCAGCACGCCCUCCGUUUUUCUCCGUCGGUAAUUGGAUUCUAUUUUAAGGCAGCUAUAUGUGUCUGUCUCUUGUGUUUGUGUCUCACAUCCCUUUUUUUCUGUCUCUCUCUCUCUCUGCAUCCAACAUUCACCCACUCUUGUUUUUCCUACAAGUUUUUGUUGCCCUUUUCCAGUUAAGCAGCACUUUAAACUCAACAAGGAAUCAAAUUUGACCCCAUUGGUAAUGGGUGAUUCAUCAAUGCAUGGUAUUUCCGAAAAACAAAUGUUUUUAUAAUCUCUCAUUAAAUUUAAUAACGUCCUCCAGGGCCUUUGAGGGCUUGUGGUUAAUUUUACUUUUACGCAUUUGGCAGAUGCUUUUGUCCAAAGUGACUUAUAGUGCAUUACUGCAGUAUACACAGUUCGAACCCACUACCUUUUGGGCUGCUAAUGCAAUGCUCCACUACUGAUCUAUAUGGGAGCACAAUAUAGUGCUUAAAUUCCUGAUCCCAUAACCUUUCCUUUGCAUUCGGCUUCCGGAGUCCCUCCAAAAUGCUUCGCUAUUAAAUGGCUUCUUAACAAUGUUUACAGACACCAGGCUGCUUAGAUCAGACCAGCUGAAAAGGUGAGGAACAUCAGGGACAUGUUUAAGGGUGUGAAGAAUGAGUCAUGCUAGCAGCUCAGGUGAAAAUCAAGCUUCAAGUUCCAGAAGUGAAUUUGACACAGUUUUGAAAUUGCGAUGUGUGAAACAGGGUUAAUCAUGAGGGGAGCGGAAAAGAGGACAAAAGAGUGACGAAUAAAGACGUCGUAGUUGGUUGGCUGUUAAGGGGACACAGGGGGCCGUGGUAUUACUUAAAACCAGUGUCGCAUGAAACGAUGAGCGAGUUAAGACGCAACAGAGAGAAGAGAGAUGUGUGUGGACUUGGGAAAUAGACAAGUGUAGAAUUGAGGGACCGAGAUGGGAGGCUCUCAAAAGACCAAAAAACAGUCUCCUGGAAGAACGGGUGGCGGGCGACUGACACCACACACACCGCGGCAGGCACAUGGGCGAUCCGGACACACAUCGCGAUUGUGUCAGUCACGCGCAACAUUAGGACGUAAACAGUCCUCGCAGAUGCACAUGCAUGCUCACCGUUCGCCGUCCACUCAAGGGAGUCUCGUUCGAGCAACAAACGGACAUACGCAGAGUCACACGCACGUAGACCAGGGCGGCUGCGGUCUCUUCUGCUACUUGUGCUACGGUGGUUACUGUCUCUGUUUGAUUCUUCUGUCCUUUUUUCUUCUCGUCCUCCUUUCCCCGCCCACAUCUCACCCUACGUCUCCUCCUGCUUCUCCUCCUCGUUCACCCUCUAUGCCUGAUGACACCUCGUUUGAUGACUUCUUUUCGCUAUCUUUCUCACCUCUGGCUGUUCCCUUCUGCCCCCAUCCUUCUCUGAACUUCUCCUCCUCUUCCAUGUCUCUCCUGUCCCCCACCAACUCCAUCGGUCUCCUGCAUCUGGAUUCCGACCUUUCCUUCAACCUUUCAUCUUCAUGCCCCUCUCCAUCUCCUACCUCUACUCAAACCCCAUCCAAAUCCACCCCCAAACGUUCUCCUUCUACCUCGCCCCGCCCUUUUGUUCUCGUCCCACCUUCUCUCCUCCUACUUCCUCCCCCCUCCAUCUGUCGUUCUCGCUCGUCCUCCUCUCGCUCCUUGCCCACCUUCUUGCUCUGCCCCCACAGUUUGGCCGACCACGGCCUCUCUUCAGCCACGACCUUGGACCACAUUCCCGCGGGAGCGACGCCUCGUCCCCGUACGCUGUUGCGGCAACAGAGCCUCCAGCAACCGUUGAUUCAGGUUCCGGCCCCGAGUUUGGCCAGCAGGUCGCCCAUUUCCCAGAGUCUGGGUCAUUUGCACACCCAGCCGGGCAAUGGUGCGGGUGGGGGCGCGGGACCUGGGGGAGGGGGCGAACCUGGAGGUGGGGCUCAACGAGGUGGGCCUGGCACACGAGCGGGUGGCGGAGCUUCACGCUAUAGGUCGGGAGGUGCCGGGGGGCGAGCCAAUCGUGGGAAUCCUGGCAGCCUGGAUCACAUGAUGGGGCAGAUAAAGACUCGAGGCCUGGAUGUUAAAUCUUUCCUGGAAGGGAAAAUGGUGGUUCUCUCUCUUGCGAUCGGAUUGGCUGAGCAGGAUGACUUUGCCAGUCUGCCAGACCUACAGGAAGUUCCGCCCAAUCAAGAAACUACCCCUGAUAAGAGUAGGAAUAUGGGGAAUAAGCCAGUAAACAGUCCUAAGGGUCACCCACCAGACGCAGAUGGUCAUUCUUCAGUAUCUGACCUUGCAAAUUCCCUAACUGGAGACAUGGUGAUGUUGUCUCCAGGGUCAGAAGACGAUGAUCAUGAAGGACAUAUUAGCGAGAAACUAGGUCGGAUUCAGUUCAGUUUGGGCUACAGUUUUCAGGACACGACUCUCACAGUAAAAAUCCUCAAAGGUCAGGACCUGCCUGCUAAAGACUUCUCCGGGACCUCCGAUCCCUUCGUUAAAAUCUACCUGCUUCCUGACAGAAAGCACAAACUCGAGACCAAAGUCAAGAGAAAGAACCUCAACCCUCACUGGAACGAAACCUUUCUAUUUGAAGGGUUUCCAUAUGAGAAGGUGCGGGAACGAACGCUCUAUCUUCAGGUGUUGGACUAUGACCGGUUCAGCCGUAAUGACCCAAUUGGGGAGGUAUCCAUCCCACUGAAUAAAGUAGAGCUUGGACAGCUGAAGACAUUCUGGAAGGAUCUGAAACCCUGCAGUGAUGGCAGCGGAAGUCGUGGAGAUCUGCUGCUUUCUCUAUGUUAUAACCCCACUGCCAACACCAUCACUGUUAACAUAAUCAAAGGACGUAAUCUCAAAGCCAUGGACAUCGGGGGCACCUCAGACCCCUAUGUGAAAGUGUGGCUAAUGCACAAAGACAAGCGUGUAGAGAAGAAGAAGACAGUGACCAUUAAACGCUGCCUGAACCCUGUUUUUAACGAAUCAUUUCCCUUUGACGUGCCCGCACACGUUCUCCGAGAGACCACCAUCAUCAUCACCGUCAUGGAUAAGGAUCGACUAAGCCGCAAUGAUGUAAUCGGAAAAAUCUACUUGUCAUGGAAGAGCGGACCAGCCGAGGUCAAACACUGGAAGGACAUGUUGAGCCGGCCGCGUACUAAUGUGGCACAGUGGCACGCCCUCAAAGCAUAAUUCGCCCCUCAACAUUUCCCAUUUUCCCCAACCCCAUUUGACCCGAACCCCGUCCUUAUGCACAAGACUAACUUGCUGCCAGACGGCACAACACGGGUACUUUUAGCCAUCCGCUCUUGUAACCUUUAACCUUCUGUCUCCGGUGUUUUUCCUUUCCCGAGGUCUGCCUCAUUUUUACUUCCUCAUCUGGUAACAUGUAGUCUAAAAGCCCGCCUAUCAUCCAGACAUUAGUCGUCUCUGUGACACGGUAACAAAUCAUUUUUACUACCAUAGACAAACAGUUCUUUAUUUUUUUGCAUUCAGGUUUGGGACCUGAUUAACAAAGCUAAACAAAGCCAUUUGAAAAAGCACUUGAACCGUAACUACACGUUACCAGGAUGUUUUUCCUUCCUCUUUUUGUUUGUCUACCCACAAUUCCCUUGCGUCCCUGAUCUGUGCUCACAUCUGAGUGAGACUAUCCCUCAUGUCAUCCAGCGCAAUCGACCACCUCGUCUAGACCCCGGAGCUCACGGGAGCUCAUUUGCCAGCUUUUAAAUUGGCCACUGCUGAACCGGAUCAAGUCGCAGGAACUCUGGGAGUUGUAUUUUUCCAGGUCUCAGACGUCCCGUGCGAGUGUAUCGGCCUCGGAGGGCCCUUGUAAUUAAAGCCAUGAGGGAAAUGACGGGCCCUCUUUCCAUUAACAGUCUCUUGUUUUUUAUUUACGUCUCCAUUUAUACUUGUUUUUAUUAAAAUCCCAGUCCUCUACGAGUUUUUUCCACAUCUUUCCCACUUGACUGGAUUUUCCGUUUUUUUUUUUUGUUGCAUUUUCCCCACUUCACUUCAGUCUCCGCCUCUUUUGAUCUCUUCCCUCGCUUUUUUCUACGUAAACGUUCCGCUUGGUUCAUUUUACCCAAUCCAGAGACUUACUGUACGAGACGGCGAAUGGACUGCAUCGUAUUCUCUAUUUUCCUUUUUAUCUGUGGUUUCUCUUUAUCUCUGGCACAAUUGUAGUGAAAUCCCUCUUUUUCCCGGGAUCCCUCGUUGUUCGUGUGCUGUGAGUGACGUGUAGUAGAUCCCACAGAAAUAGAGUUAAACUUUUAUCACCAGGGCGGAGAAGUGAAAAAGGAUCGUUCCAGGUCUUCUGGGAUUUUUGGGAAGUUCAGAUGGAAGGAAAAAAAUAACAGCGUUUUUUAUAAUGAAAGACGUUUGAAGAAACCAAUCAAAAAUGUUCUUCCAGACCUGCUGUGAAAAUAAAGCAAAAAGUUGAUUUUUCGCGCCGUGUGCACCAUAUAGUUCCCGCCACACUUUGCUCUAGUGAUGUGUAUUUGUGUGUGUAUGCGCGCUGAUAGCAAAUAUCGUCUUUGGACGAAAUCCUUCAGAAACACCUGCCUUUAUUCAUGUGUGUGUGUGUGUGUGACUGUGUCGACAGUGCUGUGCAAGCCGAAUUUCAUCCCAAAAUCGAAAAAUAUGAGAUGAUAUUUUAAAUAAAAUCGUUUUUCGCAUUGUUAGAUUAUUGUCAUGUCAGUUAAGCCUCUUUAUUUUAAAGUAAGUUUAUCAUAACGGUACAGGCAGUAUACGAAAUACUAAAUUUCGCAAAUUAAAAUAAUUAUUACGACAAUUGGGGUCAAAAAGUGCUUCUUAUGAUAUAAUAUUGCAAUGUUGAAAACGUAUCUAAAAUAUAAUAUUUUUAUUAAUUCAUUGAUUUUGGGUGGGAAUAUGACACAGACGGGUGUUGCGAGAUUCUUCCGUGUGUAUUACGGCAUUAAUGUGUAUCUUCAUUGAUGUGAAAAAAACUCCAAGUGUGUGAAUAUCCGGUUCAAUUUUCCCAUGGCCUACUUUUGUCUUAUUCUGAGACUUUCAUGACUUUCUCCUGUGUAAAAAGGGGAUUAAAGUGAUCUGCACUUUUUAAUGGUGUAACACUGAGAAAUAUGGUAGUAAUUGUUUAUACAAUAAUAAAUAGUUUUUGUAUUUUAAGGGAGGAGCGUUUUAAAGAAGAAGCAGCGAAUACUGGGGGCUGGACUGGUCUCUCUUUUUCUCUUUCUCUCUCUCUGUUUAUAUAUGUAAGUGUGUAUACAUCUGCUCGUGGCAUUAUGAGAUGUGUUAGCAUAAGGUUUGGCAUUUCCAUUGAGAGUGAUGUUGCCAUGGGGUCACUAUGGGGACGUAGUGACUUUGCAUUUGGUUAGACAGUCUCAGUCUAUUGAAAGCUUUUCUAGCUGUUUGCCUGUGGCGGUAGCAGGACACAAAAGCCAAAUGUGUACAGUCAUUUCCAACCAGAGCUGUCAAAUAAACAGAUUUAGGAAACUUUCCCAGAAAGCAAUUUUGCAUUUAAAAGAUGUCUAAUAGCCGUCCAAUUACAGGCCAGACGUUGAGGCAAAAUUUAAGCUGUCAGGGAAAAUUUUAUAGACGCCCAAAAAUACAUUCAAAAAUAAAAAAUAACUAAAUGAAAGCAAACAUCUUGUAAUCACUGUUGCUUUGCUUACAUGAUGCAAUAUCAUCUCGCAAGUAAUUUUGGCAAAAACCAUGUGUAACCAAAUUAAAGUUUAUUUUAGAGGUGGGUUAUUCAUUGCUGGAUUAUAGUUAACCUAGAUGGGAAAUUAAUGGUUAUUGCUUGCUAUGGUUGUAUCUGGAGUCUUCGUGUGAUCCAUAAGCGCUUGUUCAGAAGUUUAGUUGGUUUUUAUUAGACGCUACACUUCAGAAUUAAAUGAGUUGCUUCAGUUGCUUUGUAAAAAAGUGUUUUGACUGCUAAACUCACAAUGAAUACAAAGACAUUAAAAACAGUUCAGUAAUGACUCGGACUGGGACGCCGCGCUUUUGUUAGACAGUAUUUAAGGCUUCGCAGUACUUCUGCUUUGAGCCGAAAGCCAUCUCAGAUCACUGGAGCGUUUAAUAAAGCACUUUCAGACGCUCAAUGUUAUCAGAUAAUAAUACAGUUUAAAUUUUGUGUUUGUGUUCUCCAUAGCUUAGCCUUUAGCCAACACGAAUAGUGUGUAUGACGCAACAUCUGCCGAGUUUGUGUGCAUGUGCGUAUGUUUCUGCACGUGUGUGUGUGUUUGUGCAAGUACGUGUAAUAAGGCUCUAUUGAGGUCACCUUGCUCUUAUUCUGUUGCUGUAUGUUUGUGUUCACUGCAAAAAAUUACUUUCUUAGUAUUUUUGUCUUGUUUUCAGUACAAAUAUUAAAAAAAUUCUUAAAUUAAGAUGCAUUUUUUUGAUGAGCAAAAUGACCUAAGAAAAUAAGUCUAGUUUUUAAACAAAAAAAAGGUCAAAUUUAAGUGAAUUGUGCUUAAAAAAAAAAAAAAAAAGCUGCCAAUGGGGUAAGCAAAAAAUCGUGAACUUUUUUCUUAAACACUUAAUGUUCUUACCCUAUUGGCAGAUUUUUUUGCUUGUUUUAAGUUUUUUGUCUAAAGUUUUAAAUAAGGAAAAAUAUCGAAAUAUUUUUUAGCGCGAUGCUAAUGGUCUAAUCAGAUUUAAUGGAUUGUGCUAAGCUAUGCUAAAAGUAUUAGUGCCAGACCCGGAGAUCGGCUGAAUGGAUUCCAAAAUUAAUUAUUUGUACUUUUAAAAUUAAUUGUACUUUUAAAUUGAUAAAAAAUGUUUUUUUAAGAAACAUCAUACUUUUACAUUUUUUAAGUGGGCUUAAAGGGAGACUCCACUUUUUUGAAAAUAUACUCAUUUUCCAGCUACCCCAAAAGUUAAAUAUUUGAGUUAAAAUAUUAAAAGUUUAAAUAUUUUUACCGUUUUGGAAUACAUUCAGCCGAUCUCCGGGUCUGGCUCUAAUACUUUUAGCAUAGCUUAGCACAAUCCAUUGAUUCUGAUUAGACCGUGCUAAAAAAUAACCAAAGAGUUUCGAUAUUUUUCCUAUUUAAAACUUGACUCUUCUGUAGUUACAUUGUGUACUAAGAAAGUUGUGAUUUUCCAGGCAGAUAUGGCUAGGAACUACACUGCAAAAAAGGACUUUCAAGAAAAAAAUUCUUAGUAUUUUUCUUGAUGAUCAAAAAGACCCAAGAAAAUAAGUCUAGUUUUAACACAAAAAUAUUAAAUUUAAGUCAUUUUGUGCAUAAAACAAGCAAAAAAAUCUGACAAUGGGGUACGCAAUUUUUUUUAUUUUCUUGAAUUUAGUGUUUAAGAAAAAUGUUCAAGAAUUUUUUGCUUACCCACAUUUUCAAAACAAGUGGAGUGUCAAGUGAAUUGGUUACCAUUCACAACAUGUAAUAUUCUAGUUAUUUCCAUUUUUAUUUUUAAUUAAAAACAAAAUGAGUGAAAUGCAUUGUAUCUAGAAUAAAUCAGGUUAACGUAUCUGGACAGUUUUGUUGAGUUGGCACUACUAAGCUUGCCGAGUAUUUUUUCAUAGAAAAGUCCAGUCAGCAAUAGAUCUGAAGUGCGUGUGUGUGUGUGUGGGUGUGUGUGUGUGUGUGUGUGUGUGUGUGUGUGUGUGUGUGUGUGUGUGUGUGUGUGUGUGUGUGUGUGUGUGUGUGUGCGUGUUAUGACCACUGACUUCUUAGCUGACCAGUAUCUUUUGCUUCAUUCACUUUGUGUGUUUGCACGUGUGUGUGUGCGCGUGUGUGUGUGUGUGUGUGUGUGUGUAUUUUAUAGAUAUGAGUGUUGUGCCUGUUACCGUCACUCCCGAUUAUUUUCUGCAUGAUCCUUUUGGGUCAUUUUGUAUAGAAAACACAAGCUAAAUUUACACACAGCGGUCCAAAACAACACUAACCUUUUGACAGAUGCACUCCAGUUGGUUUUGGCGAGACAAUAAAAUGGAGUUUUAAUCCCCAGAUGGCCAGUAUUAGGAAAUGUAAUAACACACGGUUGCAGUUGAGUUGAUAAAGAAAUAAUGUAUUUUCUAACAAUCUGUCACAACUCACGUGUCUUUUAAGAAAGGGCACCUCAGUGGAACAUUAAGCAUCAUUAUCUAUGACGCCUAAAGUUUUAUCUAAAAUAAAAAUGUUUAUUUCUCGCAUUGAGGCACCACAACAAAUGUCUGAAUGUUUUGUACGGUUUGAAAGUGUGACGCAAAGCAUCUCAUCUUGAUAUUUGUUUAUCAUAAAUAUGCAGGGAAAACAAUUAAUAAUGUCAUUGCCUUAGGGACAGAAUGAUACAAAACAGUUUCGUGGCCAGGAAGGAAUAUUUAUGGCCUGAAAGUUCUUACUUUUCCCAUCAUCGGCAGGUGUGGCAAAAAAUUAAUUUUUCACCCUGCAGACAAAGAUACAAAUACACACAGCGAGUACUCGUACAGAGGAUCGCUCAAUCACAUGCAUUAGUUUAACAGCUCAUUAAACAGCAACAAUCAUUUAACAUUUUUACGACCAAAUUAUUGUUUUAAGAAAGCAAUUUUUCCCCGUCCAUGAAUAUGUCAUGGAUCUCCCACACUCAUUGCCAUAUGCACACCUACACACACACACACACACACACACUGAAAAAAGCAUCACUGCCGUCCAAUUAUCUGUUCUUCAGAGAAGAGAGAACGAGAGAGACUGAGAGAGAGAGAGAGAGAGGCGGUUAAGCGGAGUUUCUCUAGAUGUUUUGCAGUUGGUUGCAUCAUGCAGGCAUUGGUUAGAGUCACGGGUGUUUGUUUCAACAGCUGUUAUAAUGUUGCAGACGUUUUUCUCCCAUAGCUUAAGAGACCUUGUUUUUCUGUUUAGUUCAACUUAAGGUACCUGGUUGCCUUAAAAAUUUGAGGUAAUUCAACUUAAAAAUAUUAGUUAACUCAAAAAACUUGUGUAAAAAUUGUUGUCAACUAAUAUUUAUAGGUUGAAUUAAUUACAAAAUUUAAGGCAACCACACUGUAAAAAAUGCAGCAUGAAGUGGUUUUGCAAGUCUAUUAUUUUAAGUUCUUACUUAAAAAAGUUGACAUAACUUAUAAAAACAAGUUGAAAUUGUUUAAAUUAAUUUGUUAAACCGUCACUCCACUUAUUUAAAAAAUAUGCAAUUUUCCAGCUCCCCUUGAGUUAAACAUUUGAGUUUUACCGUUUUGGAAUCCAUUCAGCUGAUCUCCGGUCUGGCGGUAGCACUUUAAGCAUAGCUUAGCAUAAUCCAUUGAAUCUGAUUAGACCAGGGGUGUCAAACAUGAAUACAGCCCGCAAAGGUGUCCAAUCCGGCCCGCAUGAUGAUUUAUACAGUUUUAUUAAAUAUUAAAUACAUAUUUAAAAAACCCUUUUAGGCGGGUGUCUAGUUCGUUUUUAAUAUGAGAGACUUGCGGAAAGCAGCAAAACGCGGAACAUAGAGUAAACACGGUGCCCAAAAAUCUUGCUGUUUUAUUGUUACCGCUCCGCUAAAGAUCUUUGAGAAGUUCGUUGCAUUAACAGGUAGAUUCAUUACAUUAUAUCAGCUGUUAAACCGCAGAAUUAGUAAUUUGUAAGUAUGUUUAUGUAUUUCUUCCGGUAAUGAUUUGUUGUCAGUGUUCUAAAAGUGCUAACAACUUAGCAAGCAAACAACAACAACAAAAUACACAUUCUUAUUAACGUUACAAUGCUUGUCUAAUCGAUUUAAUCUUCCCGAUCAGAUCUAAGUUAAUAUAAACACUAAAUUUGCUGUUGUUGGCACACUUUGUAGACAAAAAAUACAAAAAACACCAAUGCCUUCACAAAAUAACGACAGAGAACGGAAAGAGAGGCUUUUAGCAGCAGUUCAACAUUGCAAACAUGGAUUCAAAGCUCCAUCAAGCCAGCAGGUAAAUCAAAUUGAAUAUUUAGCAUUUAAUUCUUAUUAUAUUUCCCAUUAUAAUCACUUGUCUAAGUUAAUGCUAGUAAUAUAACACAUAAUAUUUAUAAUACUUUAUUAAAACCAUAAUAAUAGUACCACCCCCCAUAGUGCCAUUUUUGGUUUGGGCCACUGCCCCAUCUAGCAGAAAAGUGAAUGGUUUAUAAAUAAUUUUGGCAUUAAGGCAAAUGGAGUUAAAUUAAAGCUUUUCAACCUAUAAGGCCAGUGGGUUUUGUUCAGAUGUAAAUUUGUGUGUAUAAUAUACAGUAUGAGUGUGACCUUAUGAAAUCUAGUUUUCACAGAGCUGUGUGUUUCUCUGGUUUUCUUGCUAAACAAACUAAUUAAUUGGUUUGUAUAGUUAAUUUUAACACAAUUAUCAGCACACUAAGGUUUAAAAAAAUUAUCCGGCCCGCACUUCAUGGCGUUAUUUACCAUCCGGCCCUCAGCCUAAAAUGAGUUUGACACCCCUGGAUUAGACCAUUAGCAUCGCGCUCAAAAAAGGGUUUCAAUAUUUUUCCUAUUCAAAACUUGACUCUAUUGUAGUAGCAUUGUGCAAUAAGGUAGACGAAAAAUGUAAAGUUGCGAUUUUUUUUUAGGACGAUAUGGCUAGGAACUAUACUCUUAUUCCAGCGUAAUAAUCAAUGACUUUGCUGCCGUACCAUUGGUGCAGCAAGCGCAAUGAUAUUGCACAGCUCCUGAAAAUAGUCCCACAGAAAUGUGCUGUUCAGACACGCAGUGACGUUCUGUCUUUUUACCAGUAAGACAUCAUUCACACAUCAGUAUCAAAAUACCGGUAAACUCGGAGAGAAAGCGUAAGUUACCUGUUGUUUGCGGCGAGCUCAGUGUUGUAUUUGUAAACAAUGUUGGGUUAUGACUUCAUAUCCACUGUCUGUAUUUUGUAGUUUUUACAUCUGUGGCAAACGCGGGCACUCGCAAAGUUGCUCGUGACCAAACAAUAUAGCAUUAGGCGACGUCAAACGAAACCUGCGUCUUAAACAACAGCGCUGUUUGCAAAUCAGGCUUCACGGAGGAUGUGCGAAGCACGUCAGCAAUUCGGCAAAUAGAUGGUAAGCUGUUUUAAACAACUUUGGUAAAGAAAUGUGCUCGACUUUUAAGCAGCGUGUGUGGAAACAUCUGUAAACAGAGCGGGGGUACAUGCGUCAUCUGUAUCAAAACGUUAUGAUUGGGCCAAAGCUGUCAGCGCAGUCUGACGUUGUCCGUUCUAAAUGCCGGUAAUCUUUAUUUUUUGUUCACACAUAGCCGGUAAAUUACUAGUAAUCUUACAACCUCUCUUACUGGUAAAUUGACACCACUGAUUUACCAGGAAGGUUUUGUUCACACAUGACCUGUUAACUGCAAUUUACCAGUAAAGACCCAUGUAAAGGACCCAUGUAAGUUACCGAGCUGGGGACUUUUUUCGAGCACUGCGUAAUAUCAAUGCGCCUGCUGCACCCAUGGUACGUCAGCAAAGUCCUUGAUUAUUACGCCGGAAUGAGAGUAUAGUUCCUAGAAAAUCACAAUUUAGAUGUGAAACUCAGAUGUUUAACUGUAGGAAAGCUGGAAAAUUAGCCAAAAAGUGGAGUGUGCCUUUAAGUUAAAGUAACAUAAAAACAUAUGUUAAUUUAACAAAAAUGCUGCAUUGUUUUUUUACAGUGUAGGUAACUUAAAAAUGUAAGUUAAGUUUAAUUUGAAAUCCAAAGAUAUCAAGGUUGUAUUUUCACAGAAUGGUCUUUACAGAUAACACUAAGGCUAUGUUUACACAGAAAUGAUCUGAAGAAAGUGUCGUUGCGUUAUCACUUUUUAUUCCGCGAUUUUUUUUACAAGCUUUUUGGGGGGAAAUCUGUGUGCAUAUGGUGACGCAAAAGUGUGUGAUAUUCGAUGUAGUAUGCACUCCAGGCGGCUAGGUGGUAAUGUGAAGCACUGACACACAACAACACCAAGUCCACGUGCCUAUGUACAACCUUCUUCCUUGUUUUUCCCAGGUCUCAUCCAAAGCCGUCUGGUUUGCCUUAGACGAAUUGGCGCAAUUAGACAAUUUGAUUUGGUAAUUAAUGCACUUUCUCUUAUCAGUAAUACUAGCUGUGAAUAUUUCCUACAACUGCUGGGAAGACCUUGUUUGUUGUUAUUUUCCUGAACUGGCGCAUGCCUGUGACGUAAAAGCGUACGCGACGAGAGCCACCGACUUUUGCUUUUUUACCCUUUAGACGGGAACGUGACGGUAGAGCAUUUUUAAGAUUUCCACUCUGGAGGGUGGUUUCACUUUUUUGCGUUUUUAAGCCCCAAACAUGCAGUCGCCAUGUAAACGAAAGGCACAUCCGAUAAAAUAUUUGUACGUUUUUACCCUUGAGCGUUCUUGUGUAAACAGGGCCUAAGUCACAAAAAAUUACCUUAGCUGGGUUUUCACAUAUAUUUGCCCUUAAUCUCUUUAUGUAUUGGUCCGUUACUGUAACGUGUUGAAACCGUGUACCUGUGUGAAUCCAACAAACAUUUUUUGCCUUUCCUAGUGUCUGGUCAGAGAUUUGAGAUGGUUUGAAUUCAGGGAGGUGGCUAAAAAUGACUCAACCUUAAUAAUUUAAAUAAUGAGGAUGUUCAUGCUAUAUGUCAUAUCAGAUGUUAUCAUAUAUUUGGUGCUUUCUCUCUUAAAUCACAGUUGGCCUCUUCAUUGAAUGUAGUGGUUGUGUAAAGUCCUCAGCUUGGAUUUAUUUGUCCUGUUGUCAGUCAGGUAAACAAUCUAAUGGGGGACAUAUAGUCAAUACUACACAAACCUUUCUCUUAUUGAUGGAUGACAGAUGUAGUUUGCUCUCUCUCUCUCUCUCUCUAUCUUCUUUCUCUCUCAGAGUUUAGUUCUGUUGUACCAGCUCCAGCUUCCUGUCCGCGCUUCUCUUUAUCGGUUUAAAGAGCUGUCCGUCAGGCUGGCUUGACUCCUCCCUGUCAGGGUUUUAGUGUAUUUACUCUGAAUGAAGGUAAACAACGCUACAAAGUAAUAAUUCUUCUGUUAAUGUUCGACUCUGUGUGCGUCCGUAUGUGCGUGCUUGGUGUUUUCUUUAUCAUAAAUGUGAUAAAUGGGAGACGUCUCCCGAUUUCAUGUUUUGAACAACUUAUUUUGUAAAUAACCGAGCAAAAAUGAAAGAAAAUAUUGUACAUGUUUUCGUUUGUCACUUGUAAGCAGAUGCUCUUGACUAACAGUGUGUUGAUGACGAUUUUGAUCAUAAUAUCCGCCCUUCUUGAACGAGGGAUUUUGAUGUCUGUUGUAUUUCCGCAGAGGGGGGAAUGAGGUCGAAGGGGAACGAGCAAGAAAAUUAAACGAGAAACUGCCAAUCGUCUGUGACAUCACACUGCCGAACCCAUCUCAUUAAUUACCCACAAUUCCAGAAGAUGCCCCCUAGACCGUGUCCUAACCAGAUGUAACACCACCGAGAUCCAAGUCAUUUUUUUCAUACUUACUGACAAAAUAGUCGUAACAGCUGUGGGAAGCAUCAAUUUCAUCCAGAUUUCACGGUGUGCACAAAACAACAGAAAAUAGAAAGCGAGAAAUGAUCUAAAAAAUAAUUCAGCUCCUGUAUAGCUCAAUAUUGCAUGAGCAGCGCAAAAGGUCAUAGGAUCCAAUCCAAGGAACACACAUGCUGAUAAAAAUCACUUUUGAUAAAAGCGUCUGCCUUGUAGGAUCAAACAUGUCAGCCGUAAGAGAAGGAUAAUACGGCUCUGUUUUUGUUUGCUUAAGUUGUAUUUAACCCCAAACAUUCGAACGGACGAGAAAAGAUUUAUCACUAGAUCUCAUUGCACCUGGUCGGGACACGGUGUCCAGACGCUGAUGCAUAUCGCCCCAGACAAACACGCACGGGUACAAGAACGCCUUUAAAUAGAUCAGGCACAGGCACACAUAUACAAUAGGUGUCGAGCUGGCGUAAUGAGAGCAAGUUUCUGCUUUGAUACAGGUUACAGCUGUUUUGGGAUAUUAGCACAGCCAUCGCUCCAAACAUCCCGACUGCAGCCAGAUGACACAGAUGCACACUUGCUUUAGUCCAGCGUGUGGAGAACACAAACCCUGUCUGCGAUCCAUAUGCCGCUGCCUGCUGUGCUUGGCGGGGUUUAUCGAAAUCUUCCCCCCUCUGGCUCUCUUUCUCUUUCCAGAAAAUUACAGCCAAAGCCCCAAUAACCGAACCCUACAGGCUUUAGAUCCAGAUAGGGUUCAUACUCGGGUGUUGGCUUUUCAUACCGGUGCUUUCUAAAGCAAGCAACACUUUUAUUGUUGCUUACCAUGGGUUCACACCAGCCUAGAUUGAGGCGUCAAAUUCGCGUCUAGUUUGCCGCUUGCACAUUUUGAGUUUACUUGCUUCAUUCGCACGUGAAAUUCUAGUCAUCGAGACAUUCACACGGAAAUCCGCGUCAUGGGAGGGGCUUCUGCGACUCUGCUCACUUCCUGUAAUCACGUCACUAUUAGAGCAAGCUCCUGAUUGGUUAACGCGGUGCGUUUUUCCGCCCAAGUUCAAAUUUUUCAACUCGCGCGUUUACCGGGGCAACGCUCAAUUCGCACCAUUUGCGCAAACUACACACGCGAAUGAUGCGGAAUCGCGCCUGCCGCGCUAAACACCUUAUUCGCGUCGCGAGACCUCCAACAUGUCUUUACAUUGACUUAACAUUAAAAUCACUCGCACUUGACGCCUCUACCGUGGCUGGUCUGAACGCAGCAUUAGACAGAUCGAUUGUUGAGAACACAUUGCAAAGCAAUUAUCAUGAAUAGUAUUUAAUCAUGUAAAAAUAUUUUGGCAGCUUGCUUAUUUCGGCAACUUUGGGCAGUGUGCAGUGGCCUUGUGUUAUAAUUUCGUAAACUUGUAAAGUCAUUGAAAUAAAGUGUUGACUUUUUAAUGAGAAAGCACCAUUCACCAAUUUUUUUUGGAAAUCUAGUUAGACUAUAAUUUAUGGACAAUAAUAUCUGUUUUACUUCAGCCAGCACUUUUGAGUUUAACAUGCAUCAUCGCCCUUGAAGCCACUUAUGAAAUACAAACAGAUUUUAAAUUUACAUUUAUGCAUUUGGCAGAUGCUUUUAUCCAAAGCGACUUACUGUGCAUUACAAGGUAUUCAUUUUUAUUUAUAUGUGUGUGUUCCCUGGGUUCGAACCUAUCACCUUUUGCAUUGCUAAAGUAAUGCUCUGGCACUGGGUUAUACAGAAACGGAUUGAGAUGGAAAAUGGAUAUGUUUUAACAUUUGUUUUAAAUAGAAUAUGAAUAAUGAAAUCAUGACCUCAUCGUUUGGGGGCGUGUCAAAUUUCGUUUUUUUUACUUGCUCUUUCUCGUUCUCGUUCUCCUUGAUCCUCAUCUCUGCGUCUCGACACACGCUUGAUGUGUACAAUCUGACUAAAUGUAUUUAUUCAUGUAUUUUUUUGCCAACUUUGUACAGUGUAAAAAAAAUAUAAAUCUAUGAAAAAUAACAGUACUGUAUAGAUUUAGCUGCCUGUGAAAGAUUCACAGAAUAGUGUUGAUAGAGGUUAACAGCAUAGACGCGAGCUGAAGCAAGUUAAACAUGCUUUCCGUAAAACCCGAAGGAUGCCACGUUUUUAUAUUCUCGCUUUCUUUACUGGUUGUCGUUUUGUUUUUCUUUAAACGUUUUUGUAGUGGCAUCGUGCAAUGUGUGUUGUUCUUGUUUGUUUGUCUGUUGUUGAACACAGCGAGGUUCAGGCGCCCGGGAGAGCGCUUGGGAACGCAGAUCGGAAAUGGCGAAAGAUUUGCAUGCGUCUUUACCGUGAUCCUGUUCGUGUGCCGUAACUUCGGCACUUACCGUAAUGUCAAUAUGUGCUUCCCGUGUUGUACGUCUGGAUGUAGUGUAAGACAAAAUACUUUCCAGAGUUUCGUUAUUUUUCCGUUUUGCUUCUUGUUUCUCAUCAGGAAGCACAGGUGGAGAUGCCAUCAGUUGGUGGAUCACUAUUCAUACACUAGAUGUCAUCUAAACAGAGGCAAUGCUAACGAAAUUUGAUUAGCAGAUGGCGAGCAAUCUGUCCUGUUUGUUUUUAAAAGUAUAAAGAUAUUCUUAGAGAGCCCUCAUGGCCUCAGGCUGUCAAAGUUUAUUUAUAAUGCAAUGUUUUGCAGAAAAGUGCUGUACACACAUGAAGAAUAAAAUUAUCAAUGAUACAAACAAUCAACACCACGAAAAAAUACCAAGACACAAAAAAACAAUAGAAGAAAACAGCUCUCGCAUGUAGCGUCAAAUGCCAGGCUAAAAAUAAGUUUAUAGUAAAUAAGUUUAGGUUGUGCACAUAUCGGUUUAUUUAUAAGUGUAUGUUUUUCCUUGAAAUAAUGUGUAUGUGAUAAAGUGUUGAAGUUGGGUGAGCGAUCCAGACGCCUCGCUCUUCCCGAAAUUCCCCCGAUUUCUCAUACUUCUCAAAAAAACUUCAAACAUUCCAUGAACGCUAGGAUGAAAAGCCAACGUUAGUGUCUUGCGUAAAAUGUUUUUUUAAUGUACAAUAGCAAUGAAUAGAUAAACAUUGAUGUUUUGUGUCCGUAACAGGGUAUAAAAUAAAUUUUUUCUCAUCAUGAACUAUGUGGUGUUUUCCAGCUACUAAUCGGAGUUGGUGAAUGUUUGGGAUUUUGUUUCUCUAGGGGGCAGUAGAGAGUUUAUUGUUUUUGGGGGGGUGCGGCUCGAGUUGAAGGCGUCUGAGAUCGUUGCCCGGCCGCAGGACGGUAAAGCGUUCCCAGUUUUUAAGCCUCUCCUGUUUUUUUGGCCGAGCGGACUGUGAUCUUACUGUUUGAUUUUUCUUUGUUUGUUUGUUUGUUUGUUUCGUUUUCCAGCCCACACCCUUCCAUAUGAUUGGAUGUGAGGGUGGACGGACCUAAGGAGCACAGUUCUUACUAUGUUCCAUAAUAAAAUAGACUUAUUUGUAAA